ACGAAUGGUCUCGGCGAGAAACGUCAAUAGGAGCGAAACGUCCCGUUACCCGACGGAAUACGAAUUUGCUACGGUACAAUUUGGUCUGAAAACUUUAAACGUGACACAGAGAGGGAACAGAAACAAAAGAUGAAAAGUGAAAAGAAAACUAAUGAUAAAAUGGAGAAAGAAGAGACACCCUCCCCUCCGUUGUCAAGUACAAUGACAAAGAAUGACUCUUCAACAAAUAGCGAUUUUUCUUGUCCCAGUUCGCAUGGAAGCUCAGACAAAAACGACUUUCCAAGUAACCCGAGCUCUUGGUCUAAUGGUUUGAUAGAUAAAUUUGGCAUUAGAAGGGUAAUGACAAGCCCAUUUGAACUGGUACGAACAGAAUGGUCAUUAUGUAAUUUGACAGACGCUGAAUUAUCUAGAAUUGAUGAAAUUGUUAAAAUAUGCAGUUUACCGUGUGUUGAUUUCGAUUCAUUGGAGGAGAUACCAUAUGAUGAGACCAAACCUUAUAAGCAGUGGGUACAGGAGUGGUUUCCAAAGACAACAGUCAAAGAGCUUAAAUUGUUCAGUGAAAACUGUGAAGAGUUUGGAUAUUUUCUGUUUGACACCAUGCAGCAAAUACACCAGCCCGAAAAAAGAGAGAGCCAGUUGCCAUAUGAAAUUGAUUAUCAAAUUCUCUUUGAAAAAUUUCUUAAAUUGUUUGAAUUUAAAGUCAUGACACAAUCAUAUUUACCAAUGGGACAUGCCACAAUAUUUGGACAAGAAAUCUCCUCAAAAGCUGAUAUUCUUGUCACUAAAUGUGAUGAUCCAAGGAUUAUAUUAAGUGUCUGUGAGGUAAAAAGAAAAAAUCCUGAAGAAGGAACAGAUUUUUCACCAGUUAAGAAAAAGUCAUGCUCUUCAUCAUCAACAUUGGAAACUGUAAAUGAGGAGACAAGUUCCAGUACAAGCUCUAUUGGUGGUCUGUCAUCAAAUGUAUAUGCCCAGCAUGUUGGAGAACUGCUAGCGUAUUUGGAAAGUUCUGUUUUAAAACGAGGUCUACUUGGAAUGGUCAUACAAAAGACAAAUGUAUUAUUUACUUUCCUGAAAAUCAAACCAGAAAGCUUUGAAAAAAUAAAAAGAAGAAACAAACCUGGAUCUGUGAAAUUUGAUUCAACAAAGGAUGAAGAACCAAUAUUAUUUUACACAAAACAGCUCAAUUUCUUAAAGAGUGAAGACCGUAAAAUAAUUUUCAAAGCAUUGAUUACUAUGAGAAUUAUGGAAGUUAAAGAUUGGGAUUACUGAAUUUUUUAAGCAUUACAAAUGCUUAAGUGAUUUUUUUGGGCAGCUUUUUUUUUGGGCUGUCUUCAUUUUUGGGUCACCUGUGUCACCAAGAUAAAGUAUAGCUAUUCCUGUGUGUCAGUAAUGAUAUACUUCAGCUUUGUAACAUCUGUGUGGAAAGAACACAACUUGUCAAUUUAAUUAUCCUUACCCCAGGGGCCAUAAAUUUUUGGUAAAAAGUAAAA